AACAGGAAUCCCUGCGGCCAGGCUGGAGGAAGGGAGACGCGGAUGGAAGCCGCAGGCUGCUGAUAUUUCUGAAGUCGCAAUAAAGACUGCAAACAGCCGGGCAGCAUGAGGAUUUCCUGACUGGGACAAACAAGAAAGGACAGAUCACCCCUUUUUUUUUUUUUUUUUUUUUUUUUUUUAUGCUAUUCCUCUCCGUGUGUUUAAUUUAUUCACCUCGAUGAUCCUCUUGACUGAUCUGGUAACUGUUAGAAGCGGCUGUGACAGCCUGGAAACAUUAGUAUGAUUUCCUGAGUUUGAGAUUUGCUGCUCUCCCCCAACCCCCCCCCCCCCCCCCCCCUUCCUCCUCCAAACUCAGGAAAAGUCAAUACAAUCGCACUUCAUUUUUCCUUCAUGUGCACUUGGAAGUCUUGGGAGUAACAAGAGCAGCAGCAGCAGCAAGAAUGAACUGCAAGGAGGAGAAUGACAACUGCACUGACGGGAGCAGGAACAACACCAAGAAGAUGCUGAAAUGCGUGGUGGUUGGGGAUGGUGCAGUUGGGAAAACCUGUCUGCUGAUGAGCUAUGCCAAUGAUGCCUUCCCAGAGGAGUAUGUCCCCACUGUGUUUGACCACUACGCAGUAACCGUGACUGUGGGAGGACAACAACAUUUGUUGGGGCUUUACGACACUGCAGGGCAGGAGGACUACAACCAGCUGAGACCUCUGUCCUACCCCAACACAGACGUGUUCCUGAUCUGCUUCUCCGUGGUGAAUCCUGCCUCCUACCACAACGUGCAGGAGGAAUGGGUGCCCGAGCUGAAAGUCUGCAUGCCCAACGUGCCUUACGUCCUCAUAGGAACACAGAUUGACCUCCGGGAUGAUCCCAAAACUUUGGCACGGCUGCUUUACAUGAAGGAGAAACCACUCACCUAUGAGCACGGAGUGAAGCUGGCAAAGGAGAUUGGAGCCCAGUGCUAUCUGGAGUGCUCAGCACUCACACAGAAAGGCCUUAAGACUGUCUUUGACGAGGCAAUCAUGACCAUUUUCCACCCCAAGAAGAAGAAGAAGCGUUGUGCAAAGUGCCACAGGUGCUGCACCCUUGUGUGA